AUGAACACUCACGGCUGUUUUCAACUGUACACACAGAUUAAUACCUAUAAGGGAGUGACACCUGUUGAGUACAUCGAGAACAGGUUUGAAGCCAACGGACGGGACUAUCAAGACACAUUGAAGGAGCUGAGUGAGUUGUACCCAGCUGUUCCGACUAAUGCCUCGGGCUCACAGAAACCAAGUUGGAGCAUUGCAGGCAGCCAACCAGCCCCACGCAGCACCGCCGGCAAAGGUAUCACAAGGAACGAUCCAGCUUACGAUGCCUCUUGGAAGUCCGCAGGCAAGGAUGUCAACGCCUUGUACACACGUGCCAGGGGUGAAGCAGUGGGACAUAGUCGGUUAAGAGGCCAGUACUUUCAGAGGGCCGCAGAAGCCUACAGGAGUGGCAAUAGGCAGGGCGCGGCGGCAUUUAGCAAAGAAGGACGUAUGCAUCACGAUCUGGCGCUGAAACUACAGCGGGAGGCAUGCGAACUGAUAUUCUCAUCACGCAACACGCGACACAGCCCAGAGGUCGACCUCCACGGCUUGCACGUGUCAGAAGCAUUGGAGCUCUUAGAAGGACUGUUAGGGAGGGCGGCUGAGUCAAAUGAGUACAUUUGUAUAAUCACUGGCACUGGUCGCCACUCCGUACAAGGGCGUGCGCGUUUGCGUCCUGCCGUGGAGAAAUACCUAACUAACCAUGGCUAUUCAUAUACAGAUGCAAGUACAGAUCAAAGGGGGGGGAUGAUAAAAGUUAAACUUUGACAAUAAAAUGUAAAAUAUUGGGA